AUGAGCCUCAAUCGAACCGCCUCCAGCGCUGUCAAUGCUGCCAAAUCUUCGGUACGAGUUUUUUUCGAUAUGAAUCCUUUCUUUUUAAAAAUAUUAUUUUGUUAUUAGAAAGCAUAACAUCUUAUUUUUUUCAGCGCGGCUUGAUUCAGCAGACAAAACAAUAUCGACCAAUGAAAAAAACGAUCGAAAAAGAGCAGCUCCUACGUUCCAUGAACGACAUCUAUUCUUGCUUCCACGGUUAUGCUAGGUAACUUUUCCAUUCACCAAAAUCAUGGCGUUUUUUCAACCAGAAAUCUCAACGCUCCCACUCCCAAAUACUUCGCUGAUGUUCUCCAUCAAAGAGAAAGCUCUGACUCCGAACUAAAUGUAUUUUUUUGUGUUUUAAUCCAAAAACGAACUGUUUUCAGGUUGUUCUACCACUAUCCACAGACCCAGUCCUCCGGCAACAAAUGAUCAACGAACGAGGUCAUGUACGAGUUGGACGUCUUCUAGAGGUUGGUGAAAAAAAUGUUUUUUUGUAGAAAUUGAGAAAUUCAUGCUCUGACUUUCAGCAUAUGGAUAUUGUGGCUCCCUGCUGUGGCUACAUGCUCAACCGAGCUGAUGUCAACGACAUCCAGUUCCAGACCGGCUCCCUUCCUCGGAUGCUCGUCACCUCAAGAAUCCAUUCAAUGGAUGUCCGCAAAUGCUCUAGCAUAGACAUGACACAAGACAUUUCUCUCCAUGGGAAAGUAACGUGGACUGGAAUGUUCUCCACCGAAGUUACUGUUUCUGUCCAUCAACACGGAGAUUGCAAGCUCGAAGGACAAUUCGUUUUCGUGAGUUUCGGACAUAACUUUUUUUCAUUUCAAUGGUAUUUCAGAUUUCGCUGGACGCUAAGAACCCGCGCAAAAAGUACGCAGUAAAUCAACUUAUCCCUACAAAUGAUCUCGAAGAGCAAACGAUCGAGAUGAGGCAGCGACAGUAUUUAGAACCAAGAGUUCCUCCGACGCCCACAGUUCUUGAGCAGCCUCUGAUCAAGGUGACUCAAGUCAGACUAACCGAGUUAACUAUUUAUCUUCAGGAAAAUCAAGUUAAAAUGUCGAGUACAAGAGUUGAACAUACUAUGGUAGUGCAACCAGAAAAUGAGAAUCCCUACGGCACCACUUUUGGAGGAUUCUUACUUCGUCAAGGCCUGGAGACUGCUGAAGCUUGCGCUCGACUUUUUGCAAAAGUAGUAACUAUAAAAAAAAACUCCCCAGUUUAACGAAUUAUCCAGGGUCCGGUGAAACUGUCCUCCGUUGACGAUUCUCAGUUUAUCAACAUCGUGGACAUUGGCAGCAUAAUCAGAUUUUCCUCCGUUGUUUCCGACGUCGUUCCAGGAAAAAUACAGGUAAAUUUGAUUCAUCGGAUUCUUCUUAAGCUCCAAUCAUUUUUCAGGUCUUCUCACUGGCUGAAGUUUUCGACCAAGCACUCCAAAAGUUCAAGCCUUGUGAUAAGUUCUAUUUCUCCUUCGACGCGCAAACCGAAAAAGUAAGUUUUUUGAUGAUUGUUUCACUAAAGUAGAAUGAAGGAACUUAUUUGGUUCCAUUCAAAUGUUUGUGAUCAAGAUACUGAUUCAAUUUUUGGCUGCAAAGAUCAACACGGAACUGUUUUCAGUUGCCCGAAGUGAUUCCCUGCAACGUGCAAGAGUACAUUGCCCAGAAGACGUCACGCGAAUCGAGAAAACUUGGUCUCAGCCGCCAAUAA